AAAAGAAAAGAAAAAAACCCAUUCCUGAUAAUAAAUGUCUCUGAACCCGGUUUCACGCACUCGUGUGGUCGUUAAUGGCGUCCGGAGAAUGAGAACUUAUCAUUACUACUGGUGCAGGCGGUGCCGGAGAUCAAUCAGGACCGUUUCGUCAAACCCGGCCGGAAUAUUAUGCCCAGAUUGUUUCGGAGAAAUCAGGUACGAGCUUGAUGUUUCCAGGCCGAGGAUCGUGUUGGGUUCCAGAACCAGGCAGGAGGAGCCCUGGGCAGGAGCGCGAUUUCUUGACGCAUUGGCUAGAAUGCUGGAUCCCCCACUCACCCAAGAAAAUCUCCAAAACGAAGAUGAAAAUCUGCAGCUUCAUCGUUCUCGGAUUCUCUUGCAGUUUAUCGGUCCUGAGCAGAACUAUCAGCCUGAGCCGCCCCGCCCUGUUUCUCCAAAUGAAAAUGCCCUGUUUUACUUGCCUGGUAACAUGGGUGCUGGGUCUGAGGAGAAUGGGAUUGAAGGGCUAAUUCAAGAACUGACUCAGAAUGACCGGCCAGGGCCGCCACCGGCCCCGGCCUCGGCCAUUGAGUCUCUUCCGAGAGUGGCGAUCACCGAAGCUCAUUUGGCCGGCGACUCGACUUGCCCUGUCUGCAAAGAUGAGUUUGAGAUUGGAGAGGAAGUGAGAGAGCUUCCCUGCAAGCAUUUCUACCAUUCAGCCUGCAUUAUCCCAUGGCUGCACAUCCACAACACUUGCCCCGUUUGUCGGUGUGAGCUGCGAGGUUGCUCAGAUCAAAAUGUAGGAGAAAACAGCCAUGCUAGUAACCAUUUUCACUAUGAAGAUGAAGAAGAAGAUGAAGUGAACAACCCGCUUAUCUGGGCAUUGACUCAGGUUUUAUCUUUAUGGCCUUUCAGUCUGCUAUCAAAUUGGAUGAACCAAUUCACCAGUCCUCUUGAAAAUAGAGCUUCAGCUUCCUCUGGAGGUCAUGAGAGAUUGUGGUGGAGGUCUUGGUUCAGAGAUUGACCAUGGCUGCACCAUAGGCUUAUUAUCUUACAGAAACACAUGAUAGGGUAGCUUUUAUCAUUCAUGGUUCAGUUGGCAGGUAUGUUUGUUUGUAUUCAACUAUCUCAUGGACAGAAACUGAUUUGGAAAUGGAAUUUAAGAGUAGGAGUUAUCAGGUAUGUACUUUCUUGUCCACAUUACUCAGCUGCAAAUGACCCUUCUUUGCUUUGCCCACAAAAGGCGAAAUCCUUGUCCCGGAGCCCCACACCUCAGCCCGACAGAAUUGUGGAAGAAUGCCCCUUCUUGGCUUCUUUGCCUUUGUUUAUGAUGAAUAUGUGCUAAUGCAGGAGGGAUAGGAGAUGAAUAAACUUUAUGGAUAACUAUUUAGCAGUAAAAGUUAAAAUAAUUAACUUCAACACUAGGCACUAGUCCUCACUACUCACGCCUAAUGGGUCGAGUCAGUGUGAUUUACCCCUCCCCUAUCCCGUCGGGGCCGGGGUGUGGCCUUUUGUGGGAAUAUAAUUAACUUGGACAAUAGAUUUAUGUUAUGUUUGUAGUUAAAUGCAAAUUGGAAGCCUUAAAGACAUUCUUAGGUCAUAUCACUCAUACUAAGCUAACAAAAUUUUGGUAGGUUUAUUUGUUGCAGGUUUCAUAACAUGAGAUGGUUGGAGAGAACAGACAUAGUUUCAGAAAAGGGCAAGUCUUUUAUGGGUGCAGAGAAGAAAGAAGAACAUGAGAGAGAGACCAAGUGAUUCUUACAGAUUUGGAGGAUAGACAUAACAAUUUCAGCUAAUAAAAUUGCAGUUUGAGCAGAAUAACUUUACCAACCACAGUAAUAAUAUGCAGAUUUUAUGCAACUCAAGUUGCAGAAAUAGUUACAUCAAGCAUUGCAGCUAAAGGCGCCAGCAGAGUUCUCCUCAAAGCUCGAUUUUGAAUUAGUUGGAGUUUAAUGUGAUCACCAGAUAUUCAGAAAGUAUACCCAAAGAAAAAUGUUCAAUCAAGUAUGGCCCAACAUCAAGGUCACAGUCUGGACUACUAAAAAGUUCAAAAGAGUUCAAAGAUGUCUAAACCUACUAACCAAAAACACCAAAACUCAGAAAACAUGGAGAGCAAGAGGCAUGGAAAGCAAGACCAGUAGACUACUCUUAAAUCGUUUCACAUUGAAUGCUACCUAACAUAAAGUGUAAUCUGUGCUUCUAGUUUCACAUUGAAUGCUACCUAACAUAAAAUGCAAUCUGUGCUUCUGUAACUCUGUUUUCAUUGAUGAACUUAACUAUUUGCAAAUAAUAUGGUCAACAUUCAAGUUACUCCACACCCGCAAAGACUAAGAAAGGAAUGCAUUACACAUUUGGCACUGUGUAGUAGAG